AUGGCGACGCCAGCGGUAGUUCGCGACAACUUUGUCUACAACGACGCGUUCUUUGCCCAGGUGGAUGAGAACAAGCGACACCCGCGUGCCUCGGUCGCCGAAUUGACCCUUCUUCUACGACCCGAGACCAGCUCCACUCCACCAGCCAAGGAUCAAGUCGGCCACUGGUACCAAGCUCAACUCGUACGCUAUGGAUUGCAACCCAGCAAAGACAAAAACACUGCAAAGGUCCGCCUUCUCCAAGCCAUCAAUGCCAACACACUUUCUGUACCCGCCCACGUUACCAAGCUUGAGAAGGAUAUGAAGAAGGAGUUCACUGCUGCCGUAAAGAAGACCAAAAUUUCCGAGAAGGCUCCCACUGCUCCAGCCAAGAGCAAGAAGAGAACACAUGAAGAGGCCACAACAAACACAAAGAUCACCUUGACCGUUGGUGGAGUCUCGAUCACUGUCGACCAGCAGACUGCUGCAUCGAUCACCUCCGCUGUAGCUGAUGCUGUUCCGGCCGCAAAGAAGACUAAAGUCGUCAAGAAUAGUGCUGCUAUCUCAAAGGCAAAGCUGGACAAGAAUGAUGCACCUACGGUCAAACCCAAGAAGUCUGCUCAGAACGCCGAGUCCACCAAAUUCAAACCAUCGGCGACUAUCAACAAGCCAGCAAAGGAGAAUACCCCAGCUAAACUGCAAACCGAAUCUGCAGAGGUCAAGCCACAAAAGAAAGAUGCACCAGCCAAGGCAAAGGCAAUCCCUAAGCCCAAGGACCCUCCAGCAGCGGCCAAACCAAAAGCAGAGCUCGAACCCAAGAAGCCAGCUGAGAGAAAUACAAGUGAAGCUCCUUCUCAGUCCGACAAAAUUAUCAACGGCACCUAUCUUCUCCAUCUGAGAUCCCAUUCUCCCGCCAAUGUUCCCGAGUUCAACGGACCGCCUCGUAUCUCUAUCCAUCACAAUAUCCACACGGACAAACUCUGGGGACAUUUCGUCAUCGGACCGAAGACUGGUGUGAUUCGCGUUGAUGAGUUCUGUCUCGACGGCCCUCGCACCUGCAGCUUCAACUGGCGUGCCCGUGAUAUGGGUAGCGGGCAGUUGCGUUUCGGACGUGGCUGUGAGGGUGUGAUGGAAUUUGGUAUCCACGGCGUCGACAAAGGUACCUUCUAUCGCUUGUUCGACGGCAUCGAUGUGGAUUUUGGCACGAGCAAUAUUGCUAGAGACACUCAGAUGGACUGGCCUGAAUGGAUGGAUCAGUGGGAACACUACGUGAAGGAAGCUUACAAUCGCUAA